GUAAGAUUUGGAAACUAUGACAACGAAAACAAAAAAGUUUGUUACAUUCAUCUUGUCAUCUAAGCAACAUCCAAAUUAUCAAAGUGAAGUGAAAUCUAAUAUUUUUGAGUAUUAUUCAAAAUUUUCCGUUUGUUUAAUGUACGUGCGGCGUCGAAGAAGACGCAGUUGCAGUAGUUAUGGACGUCGCCGAAGUAGGAGUCGUAGGAGAUCGUCCCGUAAGAGCUGCCAUCGUCAGGGACCGAUCACCAGGAAUCCCUUCCUGAACUACCUCCGUCGGUUCAGAAAGAAGCACUGCAAAUGGAGGGUAACGCGAGUGGCGGUUGAAGGCGCAAAAUGUUGGUGUAAAAUGUCACGGAGGGACAAACAGAAAUAUUACGCCGAGGCUUGUAAAAGUAAGAGAGGAAGGAGUAGAAGCCGUGCCAGGAGGAAGCGACGCGGGCGCAGCGGGACCAGGAGAAGGCGCAGGGUAAGGAAGCUGAUGAAAAGACGCCGAAGGACAAGGAAGAGGUCUAAAUGUGUCGUUUAGUCUGUCCGGUGUAUAAAAAUUUUUCUUAGAUGUAAAUAAAUUUGAAAUAUAAACUACUGUUGCUUAAAA